AUGAAUCCGGUGCCGGCAUUCCCGGUCAGCCGGCUCUCGAUGGGCCUGGCCCGCAUCGCCAUCCGCCCGGCGUCGACAUACCGCGGCCGCUACAAGCAACCGCAACCAGAGAAGACGGGCUUCGAGCCCGGCCACGGCGAGCAAAUAUGGAUAUUCAACCACAUCAUGUCCAACCAGAUCAUCUACUCCCACACGCCCGUGCUAUAUUCUAACCGAGCACUGCGGCAACUGCCCUUCAACGGCAAAAAGACCAAGCACCCCAAGCUGCGCAAGGACUACUGGAAGCCCAUGGCCCUGAUCCAGUUCGCCGAGGGCGCCGGCGUCGUCGGCCAGUCCGUCUUCCAGAAGCUGCGCGAGUUCAGGAGGCUGCACGAGCUCUCCUGGGGCCACCAGGCCGACGACUUCCUGCACAUGGACCGGCAGCGGAGAGGGGAGGCGCUCAACGACCAAAAGGCCAACGCCGUGGCCGACGUCGCCGCCGUGCUCGGCGGCGCCGGCAGGGGCAACAAGAUUGCCGCGGUGGAGGAUGGUCAGGACAGCGCCAAGAACCUGGUCGAGGCGACGGUGUACUGGGCCGAUGCUCGGGACCGCGAGUUCGCGACGGCGUGGUCGAGCAACAUUACGCACGAGCUGGGUAUACCGGAGCUGGUCGCGGUGGAGGAGGAGGUUGACGUCGAAAUACCCGAGGAGGCGGCACAAGGAAAGCCCGUCGAAGCAACGCCGGCCUGA